AUGGCGGCGCCCAUGGCGCUGGGGCGGGCGCUGCGGCGGGUCCGGGCGUGGCGGGCGCUGCCGGGGCCGGGGCUGCCCGGCGCGGGGAGGCGGCGGAGCAGCGAGGGGGCGGCGGGGCGGAGCCGGCUGUACGAGCACGUGCGGGAAGGGAACAGCGCGCGGCCCCGCCUGGACAUGGCGGCGCUCAGCGCCCGGCCCGAGCAGGCGGAGCGGGAGCUGGAGACCCGCAAGGGGCCGCUGGGGCCCCGGGAUCUGCGCGAGAUCCUCUCCACAUGGAAGAGGCUGGUGAAUGUGCAGGAAGAGAUUGGAAAACUUGAAACUGAGAAAGAGGAAGUCUCCGUUCAAGUGAAACACCUCGUGGAGACCCAGGACAAGAGCACGUUGCAGGCGCUUCCCGAUUACCAGGCGCUACGGAACCGAGGACGGGAAAUACGUCACGAGCUGAAUUCCCUGUACCAAGAGGAGCUGGAGCUGGAUGAAAAGUACUAUCUGAAGGCUCUGAAACUGCCGAACUGGACCCACCCUGAUGUGCCCAUCGGAGACGAGAGCCAAGCGAGGGUGGUGGAGGUCGUGGGAGAGAAACCAGCUUUUGAUUUCAAAGUGAGGGGGCACCUGGAAAUUGGGGAAGACCUGGAUAUCAUCAGACAAAGGCGCCUCUCUCAUAUCUCAGGCCACCGCUCCUAUUAUCUCCGAGGGGCCGGAGCCAUGCUCCAGCAUGCCCUCGUCCAGUUCACUGUCAGCAAGCUGGUGAAACAGGGCUUCAUUCCAAUGGCUGUUCCCGACCUGCUGCGAGGAGCUGUGUUUGAAGGCUGUGGCAUGCAGCCCAACGCCGUCCCGUCCCCCGUGUACAACAUCGACCCGUCCCGCUUCGAGGACCUGUGCCUGGCUGGCACCUCCGAGGUCGGCAUCGCAGGCUACUUCAUGGAUCAUGCCGUGAAUUUGGAGGACAUGCCAGUCAGAACCGUGUGUUCCAGCACGUGCUACAGAACAGAGACAGACACCGGCAAGGAGCCCUGGGGCUUGUACAGAGUCCAUCAGUUCACCAAGGUGGAGAUGUUCGGGGUGACGGCGGCGGAGAGCGGGGAGGAGAGCGCCGCCCUGCUGGAGGACUUCCUCGCCCUGCAGAAGGAGAUCUUCUCCGAGCUAGGGCUGCACUACAGGGUCCUGGAUAUGCCCACCCAGGAGCUCGGGCUGCCCGCCUACCGGAAAUACGACAUCGAAGCCUGGAUGCCCGGCAGGGACAAGUAUGGUGAGAUCUCCAGCACCUCCAACUGCACUGACUACCAGGGCCGGCGCCUGAACAUUAUGUACUGCGACCGGAGAGGGCAGCUCCGCUACGCGCAUACGGUCAACGGCACGGCCUGCGCCGUCCCGCGGGUGCUGAUUGCUCUGCUGGAGUCCAACCAGCUCCAGGAUGGCAGCGUCCGAGUCCCCACGAUCCUGCAGCCGUUCCUGGGCAUGGAAACCAUCGUCAAACCCGGCUACGCCCCCUUGAAAUACAUCGGGCCCAACCAGCCCAAGCGCCGCUGA